GUACUACGCGUCCCACGCGUAGCGUACUCCGUAGCCUUAUGAACGUCACCUACGAAAUACACUUCUCUGUGGUCGUCAUUCCUGUCCUCUCGGCUGCUGUUACUUGAGAAGGCACCACAAAAUCGAAAUGCAAACGAAGUAGACGGACCAAAGCAGAAUGUCUUUACGCCCCUGGCCCUCUCUUAGGAGGGCCCUUCUCCCUGGUUCCGGCCUCUCCAGAAGGUGGUCCUCGACUACUACCCGGUUCACCGUCCAUGGCGGAGGGAGCAAGCGUGAUCUGCUCGACGCCGUACUAGCCACGGCACCAGCGCAGUCUAUCCGUCGCAAUGCCGGCCAAGACGCUGUGGUCAUCCUUGCCUCCCGCCAUCACGCAACGUGGCUCUCGGACCAGGAAUUCAUGGCAAACCUCCUCGAAUCUUUCUCAGAUUCCGAGCCACAGGAGGUCAACGUGCUAGCGGCCGUCGUGGAUGGUCUCCCCCCCCAGUCCCGCCAAGGCGACCCGCGGCAAGGCUUCUCCAUCUGCCACGGCAAGUUGGACCAUGUCCUCCCAGGCCUAUGGGAUCCACGGGACGCCGUAACCUCUCAUCCCGUCAGGGGAGCCGAACCCAAAGCAGCAUUGACCUUCUCCCGGGGCUUUCAUCUCCUUCCCGGAACCGGCACGACAACACCCCUCCCACUCACCUGCACCGUUCCUCUGUCGAAUACCAUCUUCCAGAACCAGCAGCCCUUCACUCUGCUCGCCAGCCACUGGCGCAAGGACGGCCCCGGAUCCCCGUUCUCCCUGACCCGGAUGGUAACCAAGCAGAGACAGGACGUCGGCUGCUUCGACGACGACACCCAGGGCCAGUUCUCUUCCGUCUCCGCCCCCCUCGUCCCCAUCACGCCGCCCCGGGGGAUCCUCGCCGGCCUGGGCAACAUUGUGAGGCAGAUCGAUGUGGAUGGCAGCGUCACCCCGGCGUCCAAGGAGCUCGAGGUGGCGGUCCAGCGCAUCUACGACGGCUGGGACGACGGCGCAAAGGGGGGUCGUCCGUCGGGGCCCAUCGGCAUUUGGGCGCUCGUUAUGCCGUCCGAGGUGGCGGGGUCGGUUUCCCUCCCGUCUUUCGGGGAUUGGCCGUCACCCCUCAGACUGGGUGUCGUGGACGAGAUGUUGCUUGUGGAGCAGCAGCGCGCCUGGCUCCGGUCGGGAGAGUCUUGUCUUACCGGCGCUUUGUCCGAGGGAGGGCGUCUCUACCAAGUCGGCAAUGGAGGAGGUGGCUGGGGCAAGAAGCAGGGCCUCCUGUCGCUAGAUCCAGACACGCUGUUCCGUAACGCCGGCGAGGACGGGCUGGAUGAGUUCAUCCGGUCGUUCCGCGGAGGGCAUGACGGCGAAGACGCAAGCUCUGGCGCCGCUACCACCAACGGCGGUGUUGUUUCCCGUGGUUCCAUCAUCCAGUUCUUCGUUGCCGGUGCCGAUGAGACGGCUGCGAACGCCGCGCCGACGCUAGAAACUGCCGAAGAAUAUGCGGGCGGAAGAGCCGUGUUUGGCUUCUCGCCCCGUGCCGGCCACGUCCUCGACGGUUCGUCUGCGGGAGAACCUCCUCGGCCGUCCUGGGCUAUCGUGCCGGACCUAUUCGGCGGCGUGUCGAGCGAUUGCAUCUACCUCUCGACUACGCCUCGUACUUUGAGGGGCGACGGUCAAGGACCGCGAAUGCAAACGAAGAUUAAUGUGCCGGAGUCGUUCCUCCGGCCUACUGGGCAGAGUGGGGAGGUCGAGUCGGCGUCAUGGCGUCGUGUCAUCAGUCUCUGCUGAUUUUGGACCGGUAAGGGGAGUGAAAGAGGGGAACGAACUCGAGCUCGGCACGAAGAGGGCGACAACGACAACGACAACGACAACGACAACGACAACGAGUACCCGAUAGGAGAAGCAGGU